AUGCCACCCUGAUAAAACAGAGAAAGAUUUGAAAUACUUUCAAACACUCAAAGAUAAAUUUCAGAAGAGACCUACACUGGACAGAAUGUUCGCUUCGACGUCACAAAGAAAUGAUAAUGGUUUGCGGGCGUCUUACAAUAUCUCGUUACUUAUAGCAAAAUCCGGAAAACCGAAUACUAUCGGAGAGAUGUUAAUUUUGCCAGCCGUUGAAGAGGUUUUAAAAACUGUUUUACACAAACCUGCAUCUAAUAUCAUUAAAAAAAUUCCCUUAAGCAACGAUACUGUUGAAAGACGUAUUGAUGAAAUGAGUUCUGAUAUUGAAAGCUUCUUAUGUAAUUAUUUGCAAACGACCCAUUUCUCUAUACAACUGGACGAGUCAACUGAAAUCUACGAAGAACUGCUCUUCGCAAGAACAUUGAUAACCGACACUAAAGGUGAAUCAAUAUUUCAUGUUUUGAAGGAUUACUUCAUUGAAAAAGCGAUUCCUUUAUCAAAUAUAAUAUCAGUAGCUACAGAUGGAGCACCUGCCAUGGUUGGACGGGUGUUAGCAAUACAAUGCGUCAUCCAUCGACAACAUUUAGUUGCUAAAAAUUUGAGUGUUAGAUUGCAUGCAUCACUUCAUUUAGUCAUUGAUGCAGUAAACCGAAUCAGAAGCAACGCGUUGAAUACGCGGUUAUUUGCGCAGUUGUGUGAAGAAAAUGACGAACACUUUCAUCAAUUACUCCUUCACACUGAAGUACGCCGACUGUCGAAAGGCUUAUGUUUGACAAGAGUUUUUGCACUUUUUGAGACUAUUUUAGAAUUUCUGGAUACUAAAGAUAAAAUCUUAAAAGAAAAUUUACUGAAGAGGAAAACAGACAUCGCCUAUUUAACAGAUUUGUUUACAAAAUUUAAUAUGGUUAAUGUGCAAUUACAAGGCGACAGUUUAAAUUUGAUUAAAGCAAAGUCCAUCUUAUCAGCGUUUCUUGCCAGAUUCCCCAAUUUGUCACAGACAAGCUGCCAGGAAGACGACGUUUCAACUUACGUUCAACAUUUAAAUGCCCUCUAUUCAGAUUUUGAAUCUAGGUUUGAGGAUAUUUUGACUAUGGUAAUACCACCGUGGAUAAUUAAUCCAUAUGGUGACAUACAAGAAACGAAUGUCAUAAUACAAGAGGAACUGACUAAACUAAGUACAAACGAAGAACUUAAGGUUCAGUUUAAAAACGGAUAUCAGCAAUUCUGGCUGCAAAACAACAUACCCGUUACUUAUCCCGUAUUAUGGAAUAUAGCGAGGAAAUUUUUAAUUUCCUUUCCAUCGUCAUACCUAGUGGAAAGGGGGUUCAGCGCUCUUACCAAUCUCCUAACGAAAAAAGAAAUAGACUGGACAUCAUUAGCCGAGGAGAUUUAA